AGAGGAAAAAAGACACUUUUUAAAUCAUUUCGCAUAUAUUGUUUCUCAUAACACUGAGCCUAUUGUGCUAAUAUCUUGUGAAUGAUAGUCGCGUGUGCGCCAGCGGCAUGUCACAGUUUUUUUUGCAUCCUGCCGAUACUUGUGACCUUGGACCUUGCGCGGGUGAAUAAACGGCCGCUCGGACGCGGUCGAGUUGUUUGUCGUUAAGAAACGCAGACGCACACGCUGCCGUCAGUCCCGCGCGCGCACACAAAGAGCGAAGGUCGAGCGGGCACGCGGGCCGACCCCGGGCCGACUGACUUGAACGCUUGGUAAAUGAGUGACCUGAGUGACUAAAAUCCCAAAACGUGCAAAAGAGGAGAAGACCACCGUAUUACAAAGCGGCUUUUACGCUUUCGGUAGCGCUGAUGGUUUUUCACCUUGGGACAUUUGGGCGAGUGCAAAAUGAAGUUUGAAAGCGAUGGAAUUGGAAGUGUCAGUGGGAGACGAGCGAUCAUCCGACAGAAAGUAAAUGGCUUGACUCCUCCAAAAGCGCUACUUUCCCCAUCUUUAAUGUGACCGAGAACACGUUAGUUCGCUGGGGCAUCGAUUCUACGUCAACUUGAUGACAUUCGAAAACCGGAUUCGGGUCUGGGCCCGUGUGGAAAUCCUUCGCAGCGAUUCCCCUCCCGGUUUCUCGAGACUCCCUCGAGGAAGCGAUAAAUAUCACUGUGAACCGCCCUCGUCGUCUCCCGUGUGGGGACCCCCCCCCCUUGUGCCUAGACCCUCUUUGGGCUCUUAGCACAGAUUGUGUGACGUCAUAGCGCAGAUGAUUCAAAUUUAGAUUGAUGAUUCAUUUAUUCUGACUUAUUUUUCAUCCAACAUCAAACUGUUUAGUCACAAGUCCAAGACAAACGAAAGCUCCGUCGUCCACGUCUUUCGCCAGCGUCUUUUUUCUCUCUCACUAUUCAAACAAGUGAGAUGACGAUGUUGAUUCACAAAAAUACCUUCGUUAACAGUCGUCGUUCUCGACGAAAACACGCAGGGUCGGUUCGUGGAAACUCUUAGCGGUAAUACCGAUCCCUUGUGACGGGUGUCAAACUGUAUUUUUUUGUCGCGGCCCACGGUUGGCGUCAGUGGGCCGUUACGACUUUAGAAGCGUGUAAAUGUCGGCCUCGUUACAUUAUUACAUAAUACAAAUGAGUUUUGAAAUCAGAGGUCAACGUUAUUUUAAAAGGGGAUUUGCUAAAUGUUUUUUCAAUUUGCAAUUUUGGCGGAGAAGAACAUUGCUUUGCUUUCCGAAGUGAUGUGGCGGGCCAGGUUUGGGCCCCGGGCCUUGGGUUUGACAGCGGUUGAUGCAAACAAUCCAAAUCCAUCCGCUGCGUUUAAUUUCGUCAUUUGCACGUGAAAUCUUGUCCCUUUUUGGGGCGCGUGGCACCUGAAGGCGCCCGCCUCGCGUGCGCGCACCGUGGCGUGGGCGGGCUCUGCCGCAAGCUGCCACGGCAGCGAAGGCGAUUGUGCGACUGACGCGCGACUCGUGGCGUGCCCACCCCCGCCCCCCCCCUCCCCCGCCCCCUCCUCCUCCGCGCCGUGCGAAAGAUGAGCGCCACUUGGCAAACUUUGCGUCCACGCGUGUUUCUUCUUCUUCCUUGUCCAUGGGCGUGACGACGAGCCCGGGGAGGCAGACGUGCGCCACGGCACCGGCCUCUCACCCCGCGGGAGAGAGCCCGAGGAGCCCGGCCGAGGAUGAGACGCCUUUGACACGUGAAGCCCCCGAGGAGGAGCGGCUGAGCGGGUUCUGCGUGGAAGAGGAGGAGGAGGAGGUUUACUUCUCGGAGCUCUCCUCGGAGGGUUCCGUGGACUACGGCUUUAUCGCCGCCGUCUCGUGCCUCCUGACGGGCAUCUCCCUGGUGGCCAUCUCCUACGCGGUGCCCCGGGACGUGCGCGUGCCCCGGGAGGAGGAGGACGGCGGCGGCGUGGCGGCGCGCGAGAUGGAGCGGCUGCAGCGGGAGCGAGCGCGGCUGGGCGCGCACCUGGACCGCUGCGUCAUGGCCGGCCUGUGCCUGCUGACGCUGGGCGGCGUGCUGCUGUCCAGCCUGCUCAUGGCGUCGCUGUGGAAGGGCGAGAGCGCGCGCGGGAGGGCCCUGCGCGCGCGCGCCGCCGGGCGCGAGCGCGAGCGCAACCUGUACGGGGCCAUCGGCUGGGGCGCCGCGGGCGGUGCGCCCCGGGACCCCGCAGGGGCCAAUUGGACCGCCCCUGCAGGCGACCACUCGGCUGAAUUUUGACUUGGACAAACUUCUUCUUCUUCUUCUUCUUCUUCAGCUUUUUCUUUCGUUUGAAUCUCAUAUUUGUGCCCUUUGAUAAAGACAUUGUUAUUAUCAUUACAUCUGAGCAUAUUUAUCCUUGUGAAGGCAGAUUCUGUUGACUUUGUAUUUUCUUUUUAAUAGCACUUUCUAUCAUGUUGCCACUUUGAAGCCAUAUUACAGCAUACAAUGUCAAUUUAGGAAUUUAUAUGCAUAUUCUUGAAUAAAUAAUUCCCCCAAAGCUUUCAUGAAGGUAUCUCUAUAAAGUGUUUAAACGUAACGACAAGAUGAGGAACAUCUCGCACGAUUCAGUCCAGCUUAGCACAAGCGCAAUAUUCGACACGUUAUGAAAUUCCAAACAUCUGAGCGUUAUUAUCCUCGUGAAGCCACAUUUGAUUUUGUAUUGCGCAGGUGUACCUAAUGACGUGACUGAGGAGCAUUUGUGUUCAGGACUGCACGUGAGGUCACUUGACAACAACGAUUCUUCACCGAAGAGACUUCAAGCAGUUUAUCGCCGCUUCCAGCUGAAGUUUAAAACAAACACAUUUCAGCACAACAGUCUGUUUAGCUUAAUGCAACCGAAGAAUGCAAAAUGCCAUAGACGGGCUAACAAAAGUAGCACCGAUGUUGGUAGUUAUUGCAAUGAAUAUUUGAACUCAAAAGGUGAAGCAACACACGUAGACAGACAAUAUAACAAUACAGCCAGGUAUAUAUUAUUUAUCCUCUGUGAAAAAUGACUGAUAUUACUGCGUCUUACAGAGUCAGUUGUGAAACUCUAAUUCGUGUGUCUUGGCGUCUGUACUAUACUGCCCCCAAGUGGCCGCGGCACGCACACCCGAAGGAGCAGCACAACGUCCGCUGAAUUGAAACAAAACAAUCUUUUAAUUCUUUGCAUUUGUUUUCAAUGAUGUCAUCGCUGUAUGUUUUG